AUGAGUUGGAAAACUGUCAAUCAAUCGGUUCCUGCAAGGACUGUUAAAUCUUCCGGUGCGCUAAAGUCAAAUAUUUACCGAAGUCCAAAAACAUCCUAUACUCCCAAUAUAAUUAAUAUUCCCAAUGUUUCUCCUAAUGUUUUCAAUGUUCCAAAUGCACCCAACACCUUGUACGUUGCUCCUGGUGACUCAACUUCCACGACAAAAAACAAGUUGGCAUUUAGUUCAAUAGAUUCAAAUAUGUUCUAUUUAACACGAUCUAUGGUUCUGACUUUUGUGGACCGCGGAUUUGAAAGCACUAGUGGAUCCAUAACACUUAGAGACUGUGUUUCUGCAAGUGAUUUCUGGGCAUAUUUGGAAUCUUCCUUUCCGGAGUCUCUAUACAGAACAAACGCAUUGGAGAAGUUGGAUUUGCACCAGGAUAAAACGACAGAAUUUUCUGAAGAAAGUCCGGUUCAUGAUUAUGAGGAAUAUUAUAGAACAUCUCCUGGCAAUAAUGGUGCAGUUUUGAGAGAAAACUUUUUACUGGGACGUGUAAGAAUGAGGCAGCUUCGUGUUAGAAAUAACAGUUGCCAGGUACAUGAUGAUUUCCGACGCCAAUUUGCUGAAUGCUAUGGAUUUUUCGACUCCGAAAACGAAUUCAAUCAAAAUUUUGGCCCCGGAAACAGUUCAGCAUGGUGGUACACCACAUCGUCAAAUUUAAAGGGUGCAGUUUAUUGGGGUCAUAUUUCUGGAGGAUCAUUAUACACCGGAGGAGGUUAUUUUGUAGAUCUACCACAGGACCAGGAAGAAAAAUACAAAGAAAUAAUAUUAGACUUAAAAGAAAAUAAAUGGAUUGGAAGAGGAACUAGAGUUGUGUUCAUUGAUUUUACAACUUAUAACCCGAAUGUGAAUUUGUUCUGCAUUGCAAAAAUAGUUUUUGAGUUUCCGCCAACUGGUGGAAUAUUGCCCUCAGCUCAUUUCCAAUCAGUACGUCUGAUUCCUUAUAUUACAAAAUCAGAUUAUGUCAUACUGUUUUGGCAAUUUGUAUUUGUAAUAUUUAUUAUAUACUAUACUGCAGCAGAAAUUUAUGAAUUGGCUUUGAAUGGUUUCCGUGAAUAUUUCAGAGAGCUUUGGAACUAUAUGGAAUGGACAAUCAUUAUGCUCUCUUAUAUUUGCAUCAUAUCUACCAUUUAUAGAUACUUUUUAAUGAAAAAAAAAUUGGAAAACUUAUCGGAUGAUAAAUACAUUAAUAUGGAAUACAUCAGCUUCUGGCAAAGGCAAUAUAAUAAUGUGAUGGCUGUUUGUUUUUUCUUCAUCUGGUUAAAAGUGUUAAAAUUCCUCAGUUUUAAUAAAACUAUGCGACAAUUAAAAAGUACAUUGAAACGGUGUGUAAAAGAUAUUGCAGGUUUUGCUGUUAUGUUCUUUAUUGUGUUUUUCGCGUUUGCACAGCUUGGCUAUUUACUAUUCGGAACACAGGCCCAGGGAUAUCGAACCUUUGGUGCAGCCGUCGUUACGCUUCUCACGACAAUUUUGGGCGAAUUUGAUUAUCACGAAAUCGAACAAGCAAACAGAGUUUUGGGACCAAUAUAUUUUUUAUCGUAUAUAUUCUUUGUCUUCUUUGUUUUACUAAAUAUGUUUUUGGCGAUUGUGACUGAUACCUAUUCAGAAGUAAAACGUGAGAUUGAGAGUUCAGGAAAAGGCGAAGAUGUACAUACUUUUAUCAAACGUAGAGGAGCUCGUAUUUAUAACCGACUUUUUAUGAAAGAUAAAAAGGACAAAAAUGAAAAAAAUGAUUUAACACAAACGAGAAGAGAAAAUAAUGAACCUAAUUCAUCGCCCAAUACACCAAAGCAGAGGCAGGCUGAUGUUUAUGCACAAAUCAGGAAAACGUUAGAACUUUGCAAUUUCAAUGAUUUAGAGAUUGAAAUGUUUUUUGCAAAAUACGAUAUUAACGGAGAACGACGUAUUGAUGAAAAUGAAAAACAAAAAAUCCUAGAUUAUCUUCAAGGAAGAAAUCAAGAAAAUCGCCAAUCAGGUGUGACUCGUAAGACCAGAUACGCAGCAGAAAGAGCACGCUGGACAUAG